AUAAUAAUCAUCUAUCUACAUAUACAUAAAUACACAAUGUUGUACUCACCAAAGGAACUGGCAAUGAGACUGCUGAAGGUCGGCGCACGCAAAAUAUGGCUAGACCCAACAAAGAUGGAGACAAUUCAACAGACUAGAACGAGAUCAGGUAUUAGAGACUUGAUUAGUCAAGGAGUUAUCAAGAGAAAGUUUACGAUUAGAGGAAGCAAUAAGCCAUCGAGAGGACCAUUCUUGAUUCCAAAGGUAGAUCUGUCAGCAACGACUGUCAGUCAA